AUGGAAGCAGAGUCAGCAAUAUCACGGCCUCCACUAUUGAGCUUGAUUAGCAGCUACGAUUUCGAGGAAACCGCGUCUCGGUCUCUGUCCAAGAAGACCUGGGCUUUUUAUUCCUCGGCGGCCACUGAUGAGAUUACUCGCAAAACGAACAAAACCCUUUAUGAUCGAAUAUGGUUCCGACCAAGGGUUAUGAGGAAUGUCAGAGAGGUCAACACCAGGAGCAAAAUCCUGGGUUGUGAUGUCGCGUUACCCUUCUUUGUCAGUCCAGCCGCAAUGGCGAAACUGGUGCAUCCUGACGGCGAGCUAGCUAUUGCUAGAGGUUGCUCCAGGUUCGGCAUCGGGCAGUGCAUAUCAUCCAACGCCUCCUACGACGUGUCUGAAAUCGUUGCAUGCGGCACCAAAAGCCCUUUCUUCUUGCAGCUUUAUGUCAACAAGGAUCGAGCGUCAUCAGAAGCAUUGCUGAGGCGAGCGGAAGAGUGUGGGAUUCGAGCGGUUUUCGUCACAGUGGAUGCACCAGUACCUGGAAAAAGAGAAGCGGACGAACGUGUCCCGGUGGACCGAGGAUUUGUUGCAUACGCUCCCAUGACCGGUGCAUCCGCGUCGAAUGAUUCGAAAGGAGGUGGGUUAGGCCGUACAAUGGGCGCAUACAUUGACGCAACCCUCAACUGGGACGAUCUGGAAUGGCUGCGGAGAUCGACAAAGCUUCCAGUUGUACUCAAGGGCAUUCAAACAGUCGAGGAUGCAAUACUAGCCGCGCAAUACGGUGUCGAUGGUAUUUUCAUCAGCAACCAUGGUGGCAGGAGUCUUGAUACUUCCCCUCCUUCCAUACUCACGUUGAUGGAGAUUCGACAACAUCACCCAGAACUUUUCGAACAAGUCGAAGUAUAUGUCGAUUCUGGCAUUCGCCGGGGCACCGACAUCCUGAAAGCGCUGUGUCUAGGAGCAAAGGUAGUGGGCAUGGGGCGGCCAUUCCUCUAUGCGCUGAACUAUGGUCAGGAGGGCAUUGAACAGUUUAUUGGCAUAAUGAAGGAUGAGCUCGAAACUGCCAUGCGUUUGGUGGGAAUAACCAGUCUUGAUCAAGCUCACCCUGGCCUUCUGAAUACCUGUGACAUCAAUCACCUGGUGACUAGAACAAUUGAAGCCUCACCCAUGGCGCUUCCAGUGAAGGCUAGACUGUGA